UCACCUUCCAUUUCAUUCUGAGAACUUUAACUUUCUUCCAUAUGGAAAACCACUUCCGCUUCCUCUGAGGAUAAUCCACCUGUCACUUCAAACCCUUCUCCCAUCUCCGGCAAUGGCCGCCGUUACUUCACUCUCCUUCCCGGCGCUCGGCCAAUCACCGGAGAGGAAGGGAUUCAAUGUCUCUUCAUCUCCUUUUGCUUGUCCCUUCUCAUCCACUUCAGAUGUGUUUCGCUUUCGCACCAGCUCCGCCUUCGAUUCCCUCCCUUUCCGCACAUCCCGCGCCCCAGUUCGCUGCAUGUCCGCCGAGGUGCUCACAGCUUCAGAGGUGCCCACCGUGGCAGAGACAAAAAGGAAUUUCUUAAUGGCUUACAGACGGCCGAUUCCUAGUGUGUAUGGUUCUGUGCUACAAGAACUGAUUGUGCAGCAGCAUUUGAUGAGGUACAAGAAAUCGUAUCAGUAUGAUCCCAUUUUUUCCCUCGGGUUUGUUACGGUAUAUGAUCGGCUCAUGGAAGGCUAUCCGACCGAGGAGGAUAAAGAGGCUAUUUUCAGAGCAUAUAUCAAGGCAUUGAACGAGGAUCCUGAUCAGUACAGAAUUGAUGCACAAAAGUUAGAAGCGUGGGCGAGCAUUCAGAAUGCCAAUAGUCUUGUUGAGUUUUCAUCAAGAGAAGGAGAGGUUGAAAACAUCCUAAAAGACAUUUCAAAAAGAGCCGCCACAAAGGGCAGUUUUAGCUACAGUCGGUUCUUCGCAAUUGGACUCUUCCGCCUACUUGAGCUAGCAAAUGCAACGGAACCAACCAUCUUAGAGAAGGUAGGUUUGAUGCAUUUCAUGUUAUUAUCUCAAUGCAUGUCGGUGAAAGAGAAGUCUGUCCACUUGUUGAUAAUGGAAUCUUCAUAAAGUGAAAAGAGCUCACAUUGUAAUAAUAGAAGGAAAACUAAAACAGAUGGUAUAAGAUUAUUAGAUCAUUUGAAGAUUUUAGUUCCUAAUCUUGGGUUCUUGCCACACAAAAGAACCCACU